GUCAUCAAAGGAUGUUAGAGGCAGAAGAGAGGAAACCUUUCUCUUCCACAACACUAAUAUUCUAAAUAGUACUUAUUUCGACCAUCAGCUGUUAGCUUUAGAACAUUAUUCUGAAAAUAGAAUUCUGCUUUUACUUCAAUUUGCGUUCUCUUUAUUGUAACACUGAGGUAGAAUAAUUUAUUAUUACGGUUUAUUCGUAAAUUUGGUUCUCCAAAGCUACGAAGACGGGUUCCGGUACACUGGAGUCGAUAACAGUUAAAGAAGUUGGCGCAAUUGGGCCGUUAAGUAGUUCUACAGCCACCUGGAGGUGGAGGUAUAUGCGUCAGGCUCAAGGUGGUGGUCUUUGUUUAAGACUUUUAAUAUUAUUAACCUCUAUGAGGUUUCAAAACAUUUGUUUGUACAGGACACGGUGACACAUCUUCUUUUAAAAUAAUAAACUCCAAGAUGGUAGUUGUCAAAAGGGAUUCUAUGAAGAAGACUUCUGAUUUAACAAUGCCAGUACCUCCUGAUGGCGGAUGGGGCUGGGUUGUAGUAUUUGCUUCCUUCAUGAUUCAUGUAAUUGCUGAUGGUGUCACUUAUACCUUUGGAAUUUUCUACGUAGAAUUUUUGAAAUACUAUGGCAGCAGCAAAGGCACAACAGCGUGGGUCGCUUCCAUUAUGGUGGGCACAACUUAUUGCAUUGGUCCUAUAGCCAGUGGUCUGACAAAUAAAUAUGGCUGCCGUGCAGUCACAAUAGCUGGUGCGAUUCUUGCGUCAGCAGGGCUCAUGUUGAGCACAAUAUCGCCAAAUGUACAAUUUCUAUUCUUUUCCAUUGGACUCUGCACAGGAUCAGGCUUUGGUCUUAUGUAUCUUCCUUCAAUAGUUAGUGUUACCUGUUAUUUUGAAAAACAACGUGCCUUUGCUACAGGAAUAGCAGUUUGUGGUUCCGGAAUGGGUACUUUUGCCCUUGCUCCUCUGACAGAAAUUCUUGUCGAAAACUAUGGUUGGAAAGGAGCAAUGAUGAUUAUUGCUGCCUUAGUUCUCAACUGCACAGUUUUUGGAGCUUUAUUUCGCCCACUCGAGGCAGCUUCAAGUCCUCAGAGUAAGCAAGUCCCUCGAAUAAAGAAACCCAAUUUGCCGAAGCUUAAGAUUAACGGUUCUUUGAGUAAUGGGAAGUUACCGACCACAACGGAAGAUGGCAAUAGCCCUUCGACACCUUUGAUGUUUCAAGCAAAUGGUCACGUUGUAUCAGAGUUGGUAACAAAGAAAAAUCCAGAUGACACUUUGUCAGCUGAUUCUAGACUCACCAAUGGUUUUGCAAAGAAUGGUGAUAUUUCUCCCAAAGUUCAAUUACCACCUGGUUACAGUACAAAUCCUUCAACCCCUUCAGAGGUCAUGGCCAACGGGUUUUCUAAGGAUAUUGUUUUGCGAUCAAAUGGACAUGGUCCAGAGAAAAAAAAUGAUCGCAAUAGUUUGAUGUUGCCAGGGGAUUUUUUGCGUAGAAAGGUGGAAGGUACUGCUUUGUCUAGCUUUGUUUGUUCAUCAGCUUCUUUGGCUCAAACCAACAAGGAGUUGUCUCAGCUUGAGUAUGCCUGCCCGCAAUCUCGCAGUGGUGGACUUUUGUGUCGUAAAGAUAUCUUCUACAGCGGAAGUAUGAUUAGCCUUGCUAAGUACCAAUCUAAUCCUAAUAUUUCCUACUCUGCUGUGCACCCAAUUGAUGCUGAGGAUGAGUUUGACCACAAGAAAAGAUUCAAGUGUUGUCCGAAAGAGAUUCGAGAUGCAUUAGCUGAGAUGACUGAUUUUGCGAUACUUAAGGAUCCUAUUUUUUUGAUGUUUGCUGUUUCCAAUUUUUUGACUAGUAUUGGUUUUAAUGUACCAUAUGUUUACACUAAAGAUAGAGUGUCGGAAAUGGGUAUGGCAUCGAAUGAAGAUGCAAGUUUCCUUUUAGCCAUAAUUGGCAUUUCAAAUACUGUAGGUAGAGUUACAUUAGGAUAUUUGUCGGAUAGAUCUUGUGUAAAUAGGCUCUGGAUUUAUAACACAAGUUUAAUUAUUUGUGGUUUAGCUACAGCCCUUAGCUGCUAUGCUCUUAAUUACACUUUGAUGGCUUGUUAUUGUGCAACAUUUGGAGCCACUGCUGGGGCCUAUGUGAGCCUUACAUCUGUAAUUCUGGUUGAUUUGCUGGGAUUGGAUAAGCUAACCAAUGCGUUUGGGAUACUUUUGGUAUUUGAAGGAGUGUCAUGUUUACUUGGUCCUCCUAUAACAGGUUGGUUGUACGAUGGUUUAGGCUCAUAUGAUCCAGGCUUCGUUGUGUCAGGCUCAAUGAUUGCUGCUAGUGGUCUCAUACUCUUCCUGGUGCCUUGCAUUUCAAAACGUCCCAAUCACCAUCCAAGUAACCCCGAGGAUCCCGUACCUAAAAUUGCGGAAACUAGUACCUAACUGAACCGAGUGUUACUGAUUUAUGGACAUGUAAUCAGCAUUCAACUGUAAACCUGAAUUAUUCUCUCUUUUAUUUCGCAAAUCAUAGAUUAAAAUUAUCAAUUUACCUUUUGAA